UCUUGUCAAGUAGACCGAACCGCUUAGGCUUAACAAUUUUCGCUUUAGGUUUUUCCUGGUAUUUUUUAUUCUAUGGUUUUCUGUAGAAUGUAGAGUGGCGAAAUCGCCGCGGCAAACGUUUCAAUUCUUUGAUAUAGGGGCGCCUGCCAGAGUAAUUUCAACGGAUAAUUCGCGCACGAGAAAUUCACCGGAAUGAUAUAGCUUGAAACAUAACCUCAUUUGGCAACGUGAUAUCGACCGAAUCGUUUCACGCAAAUAAACUCCAUAAAUAUAGCAGACAUGUCAGGCAAGCGAACUGCAACUACAGAAUUGAAUCAUGACAACUGGAACGAGGAGCAUGAACCAGAGGAAGCAGGAACAUUUGCAUUAGCAUCAAAUGAUAUACUUGAGAAGAGGGUUAGAAAAACAGCAAAGCGUCGUUUGCCAUCAAGGGAGGGGGGCUCAAUGAAAAGUGCAUUUGGAACAUUCACAGGUUUCAAAACUACUCCUGUAACAAGUUUGUCCCCAUUCAAUUUUUUAGCUAGUAGCGUAAACACCACUUCUAGCAUGACUACUUCUACUGCAUCAGUAACAACUGAAAAUACAAGUAGCAGGCAGAUUGCGAGCAAUGGUGCCCCUAAAAUUCCUGAAACUGAUUCAGAUAAAAAGGAAGAUGAUGCCAAAGUGCAGACACCAUCAGAUACAAGUGCAAGCAAAAAGAUUUCAACUAAGCCAGAAACUGAAAAGAUGAAGAGUCACUCCUCAGAUUAUUAUGCAAAACUAAAGGGACUGAACGAGAGCGUCGCUACGUGGAUAAAGAGUCACGUAGAUACAAAUCCAUUUUGUAUAUUGACACCUAUAUUUAAAGAUUAUGAAAGAUAUUUAAAAGAGAUUACUUCAAAGGAAGAAGGUACCAAGGUGCAGACCUCCCAUACUUCGGAGCACACAAUGCAUACUACGCAAAACGAUAAUAAACAGGAUGUAAGCACUGAGAAGAAACCAGAAAAAUCAUCAUUUGGCACUGUAAGCACAAACACAAAGCCUACUUUAACCACGGGAACAGAAUGGAAACCUGAGAAAUCGAUAUUUUCUAACAUUACCACAAAUGCCAAAUCAAUAUUCAGUAGCACAGAACAGAAAGCAGACAGUCCUAAGUCAUCUAUGUUUGGCAAUGUAGACAUAACGCCUGAUAAGAGUAGAUCUAUUUUUGGGAGCGUAGAAUCGAACGUUGCUAGUAAGAGCGUAUUUGGCAAUACCAAUGUGGAAAGUAAUCCCUUUUUACAUAAACCUGCCGUUUCAGACGGUGGAAAUGCGAUUGAGGAGGAAAACAAGUCUAAUGCGAAAUCUGUCGCUCCUACCUUUCCUACUUUUAGUUUCGGACAGAGUUCCACUACUAGUAAUGUAACUGCUGGAUUUAGCUUUGGGAGUGCAAAGCCAUUUUCAUUUGCUCCUCAAGCAGUAAAGCCACAAGAUGCCGAGGACAAAACUGACAAUGAAAAUAAGGAUGAGGAAGAUGAGGAACCACCGAAACCAGAUUUCAAACCAGUAGCUGAAGAAGGUGCUAUUUAUGAACAAAGGUGUAAAGUCUUUGUGAAGAAAGACAACAAUUUUAGUGAUAAAGGAGUCGGGAUGUUAUAUCUGAAACCAACACCGAAUGGAAAAACGCAAUUGAUAGUACGUGCCGACACUGCUUUGGGCAAUUUGUUACUUAAUACCCUGUUGACUCAAAGCAUUCCUACAAAACGCAUGAAUAAGAACACGAUAAUGUUGCACUGCCUACCGAUGCCCGAUUCCUUACCACCACCAGUCAUAGUGCUGUUAAGAGUAAAAACGUCUGAAGUCGCAGAUGAAUUACUGGAGGCGUUGAAUAAACAUAAAAAUUAGAAAGAAAUUAUGUAAAGUUCGACUUGCGUAUACGAACAAAAGACUUUUUUGACAUUAUACCAUGGGUACUGAGAAAGAAAGUGAAUCUGUGCAUAAUAAUAGAGAAAAUUUAUCUAUUAUUAAUCAACAUAUAACAAUUUUGUGUUGAGUUUUAUUCAUCAUUCCAUAAAAUGUAAAUUUUGCUAUUGUCUAGGAACUAAAACAUGAUCAUCGGGGAGUAACGAAGAAAAUUGCUAGAUAUCUGCAAUAAAUUUUCUCCAAUUGCUAUGUAUUUCAUUUACAGAUAUUGUAUAAAAAUGUAAUUAUUUAUCUUCUUAUUACAGUUGACAUAAGAAGUGCAAAAAUGUAAUAGUUUCCAAAAAAUAUCUCAAUUUACAUGUAUGACAUUAUUGGAAUGAAUGUUGCAAUUGUAAUCCAUAUAAUAAUAAUAAUAAUAAUAAUAAUAAUAAUUGGAAAUGUACAUAGUAGAAAUACAAUAAUGUAUAUUACAAACGAAGCAGUUUAUGCUUAUAAAAUAGCUGCUGAAAUAAUUAACUAUUAAUUACAUAAAUAAUUUGUGUAUUGUUGCAGAAAUUAAUUAUAAGUGCAAAAGAAUCAUGGAUAGCAUGAAAUUAUCUGAUAUUUUUCGAAACAAAUUCCUUAUUUAUAGUAAUUGGCGCAAAAUAAAUAGAAGAAUAAUUUUUGACAUCA